AUGUCAGCUCCAAAAAUGCACAUGAUGUGGGCAGUGAGGGCGAAACCUUGUGGGGGCGACCCCUCCUCCCUUCCAACCCUCCACCCCACCCCACCCCAACCAGGCAUGAACACGGGCAUUCAGGACGCGCACAACCUCGCAUGGAAGCUCGCAGCUCUGCUCCAAGGCACCGCCUCCCCCGCCCUGCUCGCCUCCUACGAGGCAGAGAGGCGCCCAGUGGCCGUGGAAAAUACCCAUUUGAGUGUCAGCAACUUCGAGUCUGCUCUGGCUGUCCCCAGAGCCCUGAGUCUGGAACCCAACGCUGCCAGGUGCGUCCACACCCACUGUAGGCGGAGAGGGGGGGAGGCAGAGAGGCGCCCAGUGGCUGUGGGCAACACUCACCUGAGCGUCAGCAGCUUGGAGUCCGCUCUGGCUGUCCCUCGUGUGCGUGAGUGCCGACUGACUCCUCUCUCUCUCUCUUUAGUGGAGCCAGUGGGUCAAGAGCUCUGCUCUGCUCCACCCUCUCCCCUCCCCCCCUGCCCUGCUCGCCUCGCACGAGGCGGAGAGACGCCCAGUGGCCAUGGGUGCCAGUGGCCAGCCCUGGGUCUGGAUGGAGCCCUGGGUCUGGAUGGAGCCCUGGGUCUGGAUGGAGCCCUGCCAGCUGCCCUUACCUCUUCAACAGCCAAUCAGUUCCUGCCACGUCAGCUCCAGGCGACCCUCAUAGAGGCUGGGCUAUCAGCAGGGCGACAGCUGCUGCUCUCUGAUUGGCUGCUGAACCCAGCCAAUCCUGUGGGAAGAGAGCGGCUGGCAGCGGUGCAGAGGAGUUUGGAGGAGGGGAAGAGCCUGCAGCUGCUUUUCCCACAGCACGACUUGGGUUUUAGGUACAAGAAGGGCGCCCUGUCCCUGUCCCCUUCAGACGUCCCUCAAGCAGCAGCAUACGAUUCCCAAGCUCGAAGAGCCAGCUCCACCUCCUUCACUCCCUCCACUCUCCCCGGCGCCCGCCUGCCACACCGCAUGCUCACCCUGCUGCUGCCCUCCGCUGCUGCAACAACAGGCCAUCAGUCCAAAGAGCCGCCGGGUGCAAGCACCACACGUGGGUCCAAGGGAACCGCAUCACCUCUCGAAUUCGAAAUCCUACUGCUUUCUGCUGUUGCUGCAAGGGACCAUCAGCAUGCACCUAAGGAACACCAGAGUGCAAGCAGCAUCAGCGCACACAGGCGCCUCAAAACCCGUCCCACCAUCACAGGGCUCUUCUCCCGUCCCACCAUCACAGGGCUCUUAUCCCGUCCCACCAUCACAGGGCUCUUAUCCCGUCCCACCAUCACAGGGCUCUUCUCCCUCUUCCAUCGACUCUCUCCGCUUGGCUGCAUCACUCCCACUCUGCGCCUCCCUCUCCCCACACACUUCUUCACAAACUCAAAUCAACAUUUCUCCAUCUCCCCACAGUCCUUCCCAGAUUCACUUCACCAUUUCCCCCUCUCUCUCCUAUGCCGCCCCUUCAAAUUUCCUUGCAUGCAGGGCCCUUCUCUUUCCUCCAUCGACCUCUCUCCUCUCGGCUCCAUCACCCCCACUCUCCUCCUCCUUCUCGGCCCCCACACUCCCCUCUGGCUCGCCUCCUCUCUCCGCGCACACUCCCUCACUUGCCUCCCCCUCCGUCUCGUCCUCCUCGCUCCCCACCCCUCCUCCUUCUCCCCUCUCCCUUCCCUCCUUGCCCCUCUCGGCCUCUGCGUAGAGCCUGCUAGCACGGAAGGGGGGGGUGGCAACCGUGUAACAGGGAAGGGAGUCAGUGCAAGCGAGUUUAGAGGUAACAGUGUAACGGGCUGUGCAAUUGAUGCGGGUUCACCUUCGCCCUGCCUUCUCACGCCUUGGGUCCUCAGGCCCAUUCCUGAUGGUGGCAUUGCUGCUGCCGCUGGUGGCAUUGCUGCUGCUGCUGCUACUGAUGCUGCUCGUUCUGCUUCUGCCCCACCUGCUUCUGCUACAGCUGCUACAGCUGCCACUGGUUCGAGUCACACGUCUCUUGAAGUCAUUCUCUUGACAGACCGCAUCCCACCCAGGCAACAACACGCCGAUACAGCCGGUUCAGCUGGUAUGGGAGAAGCAGCGAGCACAGCAGAGGAGAGGGGUGCAGAGAGGGGGGAGUGGUUGGCAUGGUUGGCAGGGGUGGGGGAGUCGGGUGCUGUUCUUGUAAGGCCUGAUGGGCACGUGGCAUGGCGCAUGAUGCACCCACCUGCUGCAGGUACUUUUGAGUCGACUCAAAAGUCAUCAGGGGUGGGGGAGUCGUGUGCUGUUCUUGUAAGUCCGGAUGGGCACGUGGCAUGGCGAAUGAUGCACCCACCUGCUGCUGAAACUGACAGUGGUGCUGAUGGGUUUGGCAGCAGUGGUAAUGGAACUGGCAGAGGUGCUGCUGGGAAUGGCAGUGGUGCUGCUGGGUUCAGGAGCGGUGCUUCCCAAUCUUGUGACACCCUUCUGUCACAUGGGUCAAUACCUGAUGCUGCUAAUGCCAUCGCACAAGCGUUGCGACGUGCAUUUGGAUGGGAUGCCAGUAGCUAA